AUGGUGAACCCAGGCGAUAAUGGAUACUUGUGGCUUGGGAGUGGUGUUGGCUUACUAUUGACCGGGGAGGAGAAGGUGGCAAUGGUUGAUGGUGUUCUAUGUAGGAGUGGUGUGAGAUUUACUAUUGAAGAGGGAACGAAAAAUGGCAAGAGUAAGAAGACCAUCAAGAAGAGAGCAGUGAAUUCAUCUGAACCAGCCAAUGAAUCGGAGGCUAAAACUCCACAAGUUUCCACCAAUUCUCAACCUGCCACCAGCGCCACCAGUACUCCUCCUCCUCCUAAGCCCAAAAAGCCGGUGUAUUCGAUGAAAAAGGGUCAAAUUGUGAGGGUGGAUAAGGAGAAAUAUCUCAACAGUGUCAAUUAUUUAUCGGUUGGUCACCCACCGUUUUACAAAGGUUUGGAUUAUAUAUAUGAAGACAGAGGGGAGGUGCUGGACCUGCGGAUCUUUGAGACAGGAGAAUAUGCAUUAAUUGGAUGGGUAGGAAUUCCAACAGCACCAGCUUGGCUCCCGACAGACAUGCUUAUCAAGUCUGAUAAGUUAGACUAUGAAAGAAUAUGA